UUAUUGCAACAUUUAUAAACAAACUAAAAGUAGAGAUCGAGAAGUUUAAGACAAGGGAAAAGCAUGGACAGAAUUAAAGAUGACAUAUUUUGUAGGCUUUGCCUCAGUGUCGUAGAUAAUGGAAAUUGGAAAGUAAUAGAAGAAACUAUCAGAGAAGUUCUAGAUGUCGUUUUGCUGAAACUGAGCGUGAGCGAAGAGAAGAAAUCUGUAAUAUGCGAUGCCUGUUCCGUUAAAUUGUUUGCAGCGUUCAAUUUUAAGGCUACUUGUAUGGACACCGAGGACAGCAUUUAUCCUUAUGUUAAUUCUGAAACUGAGGCUCCCGUCGAUUUAAGAGACAUUUAUCUAAAGUCAAGAGAUAAAGAACAUUUGAAGGAUGUAUUGGAAGACGAAAAGAUUUGUCGUUUGUGUAUGCAAGUAGUCACCUGUGGAUUUACGCCAGUAAAAGAAGUGGAUGCCGAUACACUCCUUCAAUAUAUUCCUGAAGUGAACUUGACUUCCAUUACAGAACCCAUUAUAUGCAAAGUAUGUAUCGAUUCGUUGGACACCCACACGAGUUUCUUAAAAGGCUGUUUAGAUUUGGAAGAGGCAAUUAAAAAUAUGUCUGAUGACAAAUCCGUACAAAGUCCACUCCAUAUUAUCAAAGAAGAGAUUGAAAUAAAAUCUGAAGAUUAUUUAGGUUCCCCCUCGGAAGAUGAACUCCUUGAACGCUCAAGUGACUGCCGAUCUGAAAAUGCGGGGAUCACAAAUAAUUCUAAGCGGAAGCGUAAAAGGAAGCGAUGUUUGUCAAAGAACAACAACCGUCACUUGAAAAGCACGAAUUCAUCUGAAAAGCUAAUACAUAAAUGUGAUUUCUGUGAUUAUAGGACCGGUCGAGAUAAACUUCUUACCUGUCACCUUCUACAACACAAAGACAUCUCCGAAGAGCAGAUGUUUAAAUGUCAUUCGUGCAAUUUUAAAACUAUGCGUAAACAAUAUCUUAAACGACAUCAGCGAAGGCACAAAAUUGUCCCGGAGGAGCAGAUGUUGAAGUGUGACUCCUGCGAUUAUAAAACCGGUCAAAGGAAAAUUCUUAUCCGUCAUGUUCUACGGCACAAAAACAUCCCCGAAGAGCAGAUGUUGAGAUGCAAUGUCUGUGAUUACAAAACCGGUGACGGGUAUCAACUCAAACGUCAUCAAUUAAUACACAUAGACGUCCCGGAAGAGGAGAUGUUGGGAUGCGAUUUCUGUGAUUACAAAACUGCUGAUAAGCAUUGCGUCAGACGCCAUCAGAUAAGACACAAAGACAUCCCCGCAGAGCAAAUGUAUAGAUGCGAUUCUUGUGAUUAUAAGACCAUUUAUAGGCACGGCCUUAGAAUCCAUAAACGGAAACACACAGGCGUCCCCGAAGAGCAGAUGUUCAGAUGUGAUAUCUGUGAUUACAAAACCGGUGAUAAGUAUUGCCUGAAGCGUCAUCAAUUAAAACACAAAGACAUCCCUGCGGAAAAGAUGUAUAAAUGCAAUUCCUGUGAUUAUAAAACCAUUUAUAAGGAAAGCCUUAAACGACAUCAGUUUCAACACAAAGACUUCCUCGGAGAGAAGAUACUGAAAUGUCAUUUGUGCGAUUAUAAAGCCAUUGAUAAGAAAAGUUUUACAGUUCACCAGCUCAAACACAAAAACAUUCCUGUAGAGCAGAUGUACAAAUGUCAAUCGUGCGAUUAUAAAACCAUUUUUGAGCCCUAUCUUACAAAACAUCAGCGAGUUCACAAAAACAUUCCCGAAAAUCGCAAAUAUAAAUGUGAUAUGUGUGACUUUAAAACGGUCUAUAAAGGCAAUCUUAAAAAACAUCAACUGACACAUGAAAAUGUUCCCAAAGAACAAAAAUAUAAAUGUGAUAUGUGUGAUUUUAAAACGGCUUAUAAAUCCAGUCUUAAAGAUCAUCAGAUGAAACACAAAGUCAUCCCGGAAGAGCAGAUGUUGAAAUGUCAUUCGUGCGAUUACAAAACCGUUUAUAAGAAGAAUUUUACACUCCACCAGCUCAAACACAAAAACAUUCCUGUAGAGCAGAUGUACAAAUGUCAAUUGUGCGAUUAUAAAACCAUUUUUGAGCCCUAUCUUACAAAACAUCAGAUUAGACACAAAAAACGGAAAUAUAAAUGUGAUAUGUGUGAUUUUAAAACGGUCUAUAAAGGCAAUCUUAAAACACAUCAACUGACACACAAAAAUGUUCCCAAAGAACGAAAAUAUAAUUUUAAAACGACUUAUAAAUGCAGUCUUAAAGAUCGUCAGCCGAGACACAAAGACAUCCCCGAAAAGCAGAUGUUGAAAUGUUAUUCGUGCAAUUACAAAACCAGUCGAAAGGAUCAGCUUGCACAACAUCAAUUAAUACACAAAGUCAUCUCAGAGGUGCAAUUCUAUAAAUGCAAUUCGUGCGAUUAUAAAACCGUUGAUAAGUAUCGUCUUACGCAACAUCAACUCAGGCACAAAGACAUCCUGUAGAGCACAUGUUGAAAUGUGAUUCACACCAUUAUAAAAAUAGACCAACAGAGAUAUCUUUAUAGACCAUCAGUUGAAACACAAAGAUGAAGAGAUAUAAAUGCAAUUGCUGCGAAUUUAAUACUUCUAUUUGAUUCAAUAACUACUUAGACAAAAAAAUUCCUGAGGAAAAGAUGUUGAAGUGAGAUUCCUUUUGCAGCAGCAAUUUAAGUUUCUUUGUAUUCUCCGAAAAGGCAAUAGAUUUGUAAUCUAUAAAUAAAUAUAAUUAUAAAAAAUAUUUUGUUGAUAUCUGCACCUCCUGUU